CGACGAUGUGUACAGUUGCCAACAUGCACCCUGACUCCACCCUCUCGACACGCCCUGAAGUGUUCGCGUAAGAAACUGAGAGGGGCACGACGACCGACAUCAUCUCAUGUGUUCAUGGCGGUGAUAUGGCGUGUGUGUUCGUGCAGCAAGAGCACCUCCAUUGGGAGCGAAUGGCUGAUGUCGAGCAAGCGCGGCAACAAGGGGGACUCUGACAUCAUGUCGGUCCUCUCCAUCACUCGGCAUGUACACGACGUGUACAAGUUGAUGGUCCACGACAAGACCUUCGACUCACGCAUCGCCAUGCCAAAACGACUGGAGGUGCUUGUCAAGCAAGACGUAAGCCGGGCGGCCGUACAACACACCCCACACUCAGAGUGGUGCAUGUCGUUUCUGAUGUCUCCCUCUCCCUCUCCCUCUGUCGUCUGCAGGGGCUCAUUCCCCUUCUCCAAGCCUGCCUGCGCUACUUCCUUCUCCUCACCACGGUGUCCAAGCAGCCCCCCGACCCGUCCAACUCAGCCAGCAAGAAGGCCAGACGGACUUCAAACAUGUCCACAAUCGACGCUAUGGAAAUGGAGCGGCGAAGGUUGUCCUACAAGACCUCGUACGCAUCGACGAUGUUUCCGAUGGGCCGGAAGGGCGAGUGGAGCCCGCGGACGCCGAAGCUGAGCGAGGGGGGGAGUGCGAUGGAUCCCGAGCUGAUCGGAGAGGUGGAGAGGCUGGGGCUGAUCGAUGAGAUGGAGAUACUCAGGGAGGGCCUCAUGAAGUGAGCGAUAGGGGGAGACGGGAGGGGAGGGGUGUGUAUCAUAUUCAUUGAUCAGCGUGUGUUGAUAUAUCGGCAGGUCGUAUGCUCUCAUGCUGUAUGAGAACCACAAGUGGGGCAGCAGCAUGGGCAGCGACCAGAACUUCUUUGAGAGCUUUGUCUUCCUCCUCUCGCGCAUCCUCGAGCUCUCCUUCGACCAGAAGUACCAUCCGCUGAUACGAGAAGAGACACAGCGGUAAUUAACCCCGGAGAGACACCAAUACUCACUUACUCACCAUGUCUCCUGCCGUGCCGACAGCCUCUUCCGCACCGACUUCUUCAACCCCUUCAAGCGAUCUGAGGGCACCGGCGGCCGUGGCGGCUCCGCAUCUCGCCGCUCAUCCCCUGGUGCAGCCGACGAUCGCAUGUCCGUCACGUCAACCAUGUCGGCCUCUCCUCCGCGCACCAUGGAUCGGCAAUCGUCGAUGCGGAAGCCGUUCUACGUGCCUGAGCUGAAGGAGGGCAACGAGACGAUCAAGGCCAUCGUGCAGGGGAUAUGGGAGAGGGCGGCCAUGCGGAGACAGAAGGUGAGGGCAGCGGCGGAAGGGUAUCCGUGUGGGGUCAUGCAGAGGGACCUGCUCGAGGGAAGGUCGCCCCUGCUCUCCUCAACGCUGCCCACCAUACACGAAAAGAUGGCGCAGCUUGGUAAGUGAAAUGAAACGCGCGGCGGUGUUUCAGUGCUUUUCAUGACCAUCUCGGUGGCCGGCUGUCCGUCUACUUCUUCAGAGGCGCGACGGAACCUUUGGUACCACGACGCACAGGGCGGCUUCACACCUCGGCGACACAGAAUCGUGUCGUCCUUGUCGAGCAGGAGCUCCUCUUGCACCGAGCGUGAAACCGCCGUGACAACACGCAGAAGCCGACAUGUGAUCCAGACUGGCUUGUAAGUUGCAAGGACCACGACAAUGGAAAGAAGGCCUCAUGCUUCAUCCGUGUGUCUCGUUUCCGUUUUUUCUUUCUUUUUGUCUCUGCAGCCACAUUCCCGUCAAGGAGACGCCUGAGGGUAUGUCUCCUGCUCCCUCCCCUUCUGGCCCUCUCCCAGCUGACAGCAGCAUGGAGCCGUCAGGCCCCUCCCCCGACACAUCCAAGCCGGCCCAUAUUUCAUUCAAGGCAAUCGACGCGUUGUUCGAUGUCGAUGAAGACGACGAGGACAGAGACUUUGAUCUCUUUCCCUCUCGGGUGCAUCUCCCAGUGGGCCGAGCAGAGAAAGCUGUCGAGUCAGCCGCCUUAUCCAAGCGCCCACGGCCAGCCGUGUCGCUCGCUGACGAGUUUCGCCGAGUGAGGGGGCCCAAACUGAGCACCACUAGGGCGAGCAAGGCGGCGGUGCUGCUGCCACUGGAGGCGCGUGAGGGGGAGGGACGGUAUUUCGAUAGGAUGGGCUUGCGACACGUAUGGGCGCGGCCGAAGGGUGAGGAGUUUGCUGAGAGAUUGGCUUUGGAAAGGCAGAGGGUCAGGCCUGCGUACAGAUGGGCGGUUGGGGAAUAUGGAGGGGCCAUGACAGCCAGAUGACAGAUGAGACCGGUUGGUUAACUGGUGCCUUUGCUUUCAUCUGUGUGGCUCGCAAAUGAAGGACACUGCCAUUGGCUUACAGUUGGCUUACAGACUCAUCACUCUUGCACGCUUCGGUCUGUUGCUUCUGGUGUGAAAAGCAAAAGCUCUGAAGAUUGCAGUGUGUGAUGGUCUGCGUGGUGUAUUUUAGUCGUUGAUCUGUUGCCACCUGGGUAUGUGUGCGGGUGCGGCAGG